AUGAAUCAGAUCCCAAGAGUUGGAUAUAUAGGUUGUGGUGCAGCAGGUUUAACAAGCGCCUUAGAUUUCAACAGAAGAUUCGGCACAAAAGCAUUGAUGUUCUUAGAUUUUAAUCAUCCAGGUCAUUCGAACGAAGUAAUAAAGCAAGGAAGCGUAGAAUCGUGUUUAGAAAUGAAAGGUCAAUUUGAAUUAGAUUUUGAAUCGAAUAUUGAUAAAUUUAUUCAAAGAUCAGAUUGGAUUUGUAUACUCUCUACUAGUAUUGGACAUGAAGAGAUUAUUGAAAAAUUCGCGAAGCAUAAAGAGAAUUUAAAGUCCAUCAAUUUCGUUUGGUUUACUGGAAAUGGUAUUGGAUUGAUUGCUCAUGAAAAACUUGAACCUUUGAACACGUUCGAAAGCUCUUCAAUACCUUAUGUCUGUAGUGCAGGAUCUUCUGAAGAUGGAAAGAUUAAGAUUUGUGUGAAUGCCUUCAAGAAGCGAUUAGUGGUUGCUAGUUAUCAUAAACCUGAUGAUGAAACUAAACUUGAAUUGGAGAAGAUUGUCGGAUUACCAAUUGAUUUUGAAAACCAAUCUAACUUCCUUGAAUUGAUCUUAGUUACUUACAAUGGUUUAUUACAUCCACCUAUCAUGUUAAACUCACAAAAAGAAAUCCAAGAAAGACGCGAAUUAUAUUUUUAUCGAGAUUUAAUGACAAAAGAAGUUUGUAAAGAAACCAUUCAAGCAUGGGAAGAAUUAUGCGAAAUUUCAAAUUUAUUAAAAUUAAAACAACCAGAUCAUCCAGUCAAGAUUGCUAAUCAAAAUUAUGGAAAUGAUUAUGAUUUAAGUAUUGAUGGAUUAAGAUCAUGGGCAGCUGAAUCUGAUAUAUUAAAUUAUAGACCCAACUUACCCAACAGCAUGAAAUCUAGACAAUUGGAUGAAGAAAUGAGAUCAAUCUGUUCGAUUUGGUUUUCAAUUGGUAAAGCUUUGGGAGUAAAGAUGUUCACAAUUGAAAGUUGGUUGAAACGCGCUAGUGAAAUUAAUGACUUGAAUUAUUUUGAGAUUGGUAGAGAUUUGAAUUUUCUUGGUUUAAAUGAUGAUGCUGGUGUUGAUCAAAUCAGAGAAAGGUUUAAAAUAUCAAGUACAUAA